AUGACGGGCUACCUGGACCAGCAGGUGCCCUUCACUUUCCCGCAGCAGCCCCCGGGCCGGGCGGUGCCCGGUGCUGGAGCCGUGCUGGGCGCUGGGAAGACUCCCGGGGAGCCGGCGCAGGACUCGGAAGAGCUGUUCCGAGACCUGAGGCAGCUGCAGGAGACGUGGCUCGCUGAAGCUCAGGUUCCAGACAAUGAUGAGCAAUUUGUGCCUGACUUCCAUUCAGAAAACUUAGCUUUUCACAGUCCUCCUGCUAAGAUUAAAAAGGAGCCCCAAAGCCCCUCGGAGCCCACGCUGUCCUGCAGCCAUGAGCAGCCAUUCCAGCACAACAGUGAGCAGUGCCUUUAUGCCAGUGCCUAUGACCAACCCAGACAGUCUCCCAGCCCAGGAGUCCUGAUUCAGACACCACUGCAGCAGUUCCCAAGACAGGACAGAAGUUUCCUGACCCCUGCAGGGCUCCCUCGCUCCACAUCCAGCUGUGCAUACCUCAGUGACAACAGCUCUGCAUAUCAGCCACCUGUGGAGAUGUGCCACUCCUUCCCACCCUCCCAGGGCAUGGCCCAGGAAGACCCCAGUGCCUACCAGUGCCAGCUGCCCAAGCCCUGCCUCCAGUACCCUCACCAGGGCUUCAAACAGGAGCACCACGACCCACAGUACGAGCGAGCAAGCCAGGCAGGCAGCAGGCAGCAGUACCCAGCUGUGGUGGUGAAGCAGGAGCAGGUGGAAUUCCUGUAUGAUUCAGAUGUUCCUGACUGUCCUUCCAUGUACAUAAAUGCUGAGAGUUACCCAAGCCAUUCAAAUACAGAAGAUACAUUAGGCUGCAGCUAUGACAAGCAGAUGAGGUCCUUUACUGAUGAUGUCUGUGUUGUUCCAGAAAAAAUUGAAGCAGGAGACAUCAAGCAGGAAGGUGGAGGGUACAGGGAAGGACCCCCCUACCAGAGACGGGGAUCACUCCAGCUCUGGCAAUUCCUUGUGGCUCUGCUGGACAAUCCCACCAAUUCCCACUUCAUUGCCUGGACUGGUAGAGGAAUGGAGUUCAAGCUCAUCGAGCCAGAGGAGGUGGCCAGGCUGUGGGGGAUCCAGAAGAACCGUCCAGCCAUGAACUACGACAAACUGAGCCGAUCACUGCGCUACUAUUAUGAGAAAGGCAUUAUGCAGAAGGUGGCUGGGGAGCGCUACGUGUACAAGUUUGUGUGUGAGCCUGAAGCCUUGUUCUCCAUGGCCUUCCCCGAGCAGCAGCGGCCGGCGCUGAAGGCGGAGUUGGAGCGGCAGGGCAAGGAGGACACGGUGCCUCUGUCUCACCUGGAUGACAACAGCUCCUACCUGCCAGACCUCGGGAGCUUCCCUCCACAGCUCUACAGCAAAGGCUACACGUACUAG